AUGGAAACAUCCAUGUAUAACCCCCGAAUCGAAAGUAAUGCUGUGAUACUUGGUGUCGAACAAGCGCUAUUGUAUUUAGACUUCAUUCAGCCACCUGCAAAAAAUCGACCAUCUCGUUGGAAAACAUUUACAGCAACACAAGUCGAUCCAACAGCGGCGCUUUCGAAAUUUGACGAACGUUGGUAG